CAGCUUCUCUCUAGAUGUUGUUGCAGUGGACCAGUGGAGUUUUUGCUUUACUCUCUCGUUUUUCACUGACUUUUUCCGACGCCGUGACUAUCACCCACCGCCGUUAACCACGCCAGCAUUUGCUUCACGCUCAGCCGUUUAUUUAUUUCACGCCGUUAGUAUUCCAUUUCAAUUUCUGAAAAUUCAAAGAUGGAUCCCGAUUCAGUCAAAUCGACUCUAUCAAAUUUAGCUUUUGGAAAUGUAAUGGCCGCCGCUGCUCGCGAUUAUCAAAAGGAAGUGCUUUCUCAGCAAAAGGCACAGACAUCAAGCUCUGUCAACCAGGAAGUUGAUCUUGAUGAAUUGAUGGAUGAUCCUGAGCUGGAAAAAUUGCAUGCUGACAGAAUUGCCGCUCUAAAGAAAGAAGUUGAGAAGCGAGAAGCAUUAAAGAGGCAAGGUCAUGGAGAAUAUAGAGAUGUCAGUGAAGGGGAUUUCUUAGGUGAAGUUACUGGGAGUGAGAAAGUGAUUUGCCACUUCUAUCACCAUGAUUUUUACCGCUGCAAGAUUAUGGAUAAGCAUUUGAAGUCCCUUGCUACAAGGCAUCUCGAUACAAAGUUUAUCAAGCUGGAUGCCGAGAAUGCACCAUUCUUUGUCACCAAGCUAGGAGUCAAAACUUUGCCUUGCGUCAUAAUGUUCAGAAAAGGGAUUGCAGUAGACAGGGUGGUUGGGUUUCAAGAUCUGGGCGGAAAAGAUGAUUUCACCACAAAGGCACUUGAGAAUCUACUUAUCAAAAAGGGUAUUGUUAGUGAAAAGAAAAAAGAUGACGAAGACGAUGGGAAUCAUGAAGAUAGGCGCCGGACAGUAAGAACCUCUGUAAAUUCUGAUUCUGAUUCCGAGUGAAAAUUUUACUAAGCUAUCUUGAGCCUUUCAUAUGAAUGUAUAAUUUAUUUGCACUAGUUCAUUUUUUGACCAAGCAAAUGUUGUUAAACUUAACCGUAUGAAGAAUUUAGUAUUAGAAGGCAUGAACCACCAGUUUUGUGAUUAUUCUUUUUUUUUUCCUCUUUUAUACUUUUAUCUAUGUAUCUAAUGCUUGUAUUUCGUUUUCUUCAAAUAUUGGGUUAUAAGUUUA